AUGGCUCACCCUUUCGUUGCCAGCUCCCACCUUCUUCAUCGUUCAUUUGCUCAUAAGCCAGAAAAGGUGGUUUCUACUUCAGGUGUCUCCUUGUUCCUCGAAUCUGGCCGUGAAGUCCUCGAUGCAUCCGCUGGACCAGCUGUAUCAUGCCUUGGAUUUGGCCGUCCUGAGAUUGCGCAAGUGGUGACAACUCAGAUCAAUCAGCUUGCCUAUCUCUACUCUGGCGCGCGAUUCACCUGCGAUGCAACAGAAGACCUCGCAUCGAUGCUUUUGCAAGGAGAACCAGGUGGCUUGUCCAAGGCCAUCUUUGUUAAUUCCGGAAGCGAAGCUACAGAUGCUGCCAUAAAGCUGGCGACACAGUACUGGUGCGAACGUGGAAUGCCCAAAAAGUGCCAUGUCAUUAGUAGAAAACAGAGUUAUCAUGGCAACACAAUCGGAGCGCUAUGCAUAUCUGGCCAUGACUCCCGCCGGGCUAUGUAUCUUCCCUGGUUAUCGCAAAAUGUCAGUUUCGUCGAUCCCUGCUUCCCCUACCGACUUAAAGAAUGUGAGUCCGAUGAAACCUACGCCAGACGACUGGCAGAUCAGUUGGAGGCAGAGAUCCUCCAUGUCGGACCUGAAAAGGUCUCUGCUUUCGUAGCCGAGACCGUCAGCGGGACUACUCUAGGCUGUGUUCCUGCUGUGGCCGGAUAUUGGAAAGCCAUUCGAAAAGUUUGCGAUGAUUAUGAUGUUCUUUUGAUAUUGGACGAAAUCAUGUGCGGUAUGGGAAAGACGGGUACAAUGCAUGCCUGGGAACAAGAAGGUAUUUCUGGACCCGACAUCCAGAUGAUAGGUAAAGCUCUGGGCGGAGGCUUCAUCCCCUUAUCUGGGGUUUUGCUCCGCAGCAAGAUCUUUGACGCUAUCGCUGAAGGAUCAGGGGGGUUAGCCCACGGUCACACAUUCCAGGCUCAUCCAGUCGCUUGCGCUGCGGCUCUUGAGGUUCAACGGAUCAUACGAGACGAGCGUAUACUAACAAACGUCCAGAAAAUGGGUACAGUACUGGAACAUUUGCUCAGAGACCACAUUGGACCGUUGGAGUUUGUCUGCGACAUUCGUGGACGAGGUCUAUUCUGGGCUGUCGAGUUCGUUCAGGAUCGCCAGAGCAAGACACCCUUUCCAGCCAGUAUGAGACUGUGUCACGGAAUCGUGGACAAGUCGCUAGAUCUGGGAUUGAACAUAUUGGGGAACCUGGGUCAAACAGGGGAAGUGCAUGUCGACCAUGUCAUAAUGUCUCCGCCUUAUGUGGUAACUGAGUCUGAGUUGGAGCGGAUGGUUGAUAUUCUCCGGACAGCUAUUCAGGCUGUCAUCUCCGAGGUAAAGGAAAUUCAAAAGGGAAAUAUAAACGGAACCCAGUCGAAGAUGUUAUCGGAAUGA